CACGUGUGUGCAUAGUAGAUGCAGCAUGCAGCCGAAGCGAUCGAACCAUCGAACGCACGAUUAGUCGGUGUUAGUGCGCGUCAGAGAGGUUAUGUUUCUCUCUCUCUCUCUCUUAUCUCGUGUGUAUACAUAUUUUGAAUAAGUGCAUAAAUCAAACUGGCUCGAUCAUACCCGAUCGUAUUUUCCGCGUAUGUACGCGGGGAAAGUGCGAUACUUGUCCGAUAAGUCGCGGCGAGAGUGACGUAAGCGUGUGAAUCGACGAGUCAUGUGCAAAUUUAAAGCAUGGUUAUCACGCAACGAAAGAUGAAGCAGGUUGCGAUCUUCACGGUUUGCAUAUUAUUGGCAGUGUUGGGCUUUUAUAAAACUGUCGUGACUACAGAAGAGGAACGAUCUUUCGGCCGCGGUCGACAUCGCGGGGAUAAGAUUAAUUUAGGUGAUAGAAACGACGUCGUCGAAGCCGCAACUGAAAAGAUUCACGAUGUCGAGGAGGAGCCAUCCGAUGGAGACAUCAAGAACAUCGAGGAGGCGAAGAUUCGCAUCCGCGAGCUGGAGGGCAAGCUGCAACAUCUCGAGGCGGCGAUCAAAAAUGGUAUAGCGAAGGACUUUCCAACGGUCAAGUUUCUGAAUUAUAAGAACCGAAAGCGAAUACUGGUGACGGGUGGCGCGGGUUUCGUCGGCUCCCAUCUGGUUGAUCGUCUGAUGCUCGCCGGACACGAGGUUAUAGUCGUCGACAACUUCUUCACCGGCAGAAAGCGAAAUGUCGAGCACUGGGUCGGUCACGAGAAUUUCGAGUUGGUACAUCACGACAUCGUGAGACCGUUGUAUCUGGAGGUCGACGAGAUAUAUCAUCUCGCUAGUCCGGCCAGUCCGCCGCACUACAUGUUAAAUCCCGUAAAAACGAUAAAGACGAACACUUUGGGUACUAUAAAUAUGUUGGGACUCGCGAAACGAGUCGGCGCGCGAGUAUUAAUUGCGAGCACGUCGGAAGUAUACGGAGAUCCUAAUGAACAUCCACAAGCGGAAACUUACUGGGGUCAUGUAAAUCCUAUCGGUCCACGAGCAUGCUACGACGAAGGAAAACGAGUUGCCGAAACAUUGAGCUACGCUUAUAUGAGACAGGAAGGUGUUUCAGUCCGAGUAGCACGAAUUUUUAAUACCUUCGGCCCCAGAAUGCACAUGAAUGACGGUCGUGUCGUAUCAAAUUUUAUCCUCCAAGCUUUACAAAAUAAUUCAAUUACGAUUUAUGGCAGUGGAGAACAAACGCGAUCGUUUCAAUACGUCUCCGAUUUGGUAGACGGAUUAGUAGCGUUAAUGGCAUCUAAUUAUACCUUGCCUGUGAAUAUCGGAAAUCCCGUGGAACAUACAAUCGAAAAAUUUGCGCUUAUAAUAAAAGAUUUGGUGGGUGCUACUAGUAAGAUAAUUGAACUCGCAGCAGUCGAAGAUGAUCCACAGAGAAGAAGACCGGAUAUUAGUAGAGCCAAAAAAUAUUUGAAUUGGGAACCAAAGGUUCCUUUGGUUGAAGGCCUGAAGAAAACUAUAGUAUACUUCGCUAAAGAAUUGCAAAGAACAAAACAUUUUCAAAAAAGUAAUUCUAAACAGUCUUCUUAUAAAAACGAUCACGAUAUAGUAGAACAACUUUAGAGGAUCAAGUGUAAUGAUACGCGAUUAAUGUAUCCACUUUCAAAAGUGGCGUGAAAGUGCCAUUAAGCUAUGGACCAGUAUGUGCCAAAAAAUCCCCGUCCAAUCAAAUUUUACAUUAAAUUUAUAAAGCAAUCGAUAUACAAUUAUACGCUCAUCUUAUUAA